AACUUUAGAGGAGUUAAAGGGUUGAAUUUGAUGUUAUAUGUUUCUUCUUUGAGAUUUUGUAAAUUUUUCUCAGGGUUUACAAUAGGACAUAGUCAAUUGUUUUGUUUGUUUAUUUAUUAAAUUAUUAUAGUCAUGAAUUAAUGUGAUUUUGGUGCUUGCUCUGCUGCUGUGAGCUUUUGGUGCUUCCUGUUGAUUGUGUUCUGUGAGUUGAUCAAGAUUAGGACUGCUUUGGAUCAAUUGAUCAAAUGGAUGUUGAUGACCCUGGUAAUCCAGAAAAGAACUCUGGAUCUGUUCCAUAUUCUAAGAAUGUUGUUAGAACUUUUAACUUAGAGAAAUCCAAGGUAAAAAACAAACUUUAUGUAGGAUCUCAAGCCUUGGGAUUCCGCCGGGAUCAUAUGGAGGUGCUGUCACCCAUAAAAGAUGGAGUUGUGGUUGACUGGGAUAUAGUUGAUAGCAUCUGGGACCAUGUCUUCAGGGAAUGUCUACUGGUUGAUCCCAAAGAACAUCCAAUGCUACUAGCUGAACCAUCUUCAAACAGUCAGCAACAAAGAGAAAAGACAGCAGAGCUUAUGUUUGAAAAAUACAAAGUUCCUGCCCUAUUUUUGGCCAAGAAUGCUGUUCUCACAUCUUUUGCAUCUGGACGGGCUACCUUUUUGGUUGUUGACAGUGGUGGUGGCUCAACUACCAUCGCCCCUGCACAUGAUGGUUAUGUUCUCCAAAAGGCUGUGCAUUCUUCGCCAAUUGGAGGAAAAUUUCUUACUGAUUGCUUGAUGAAAAGUUUGGAAAGCAAAGGCCUCACUAUAAAACCAAGAUAUUCUUUUAAAAGAAAGGAAAUACGACCUGGAGAGUUUCAGGUUAUUUAUGACCUUAUAUCUUUUCAAUGGCACUUUUUUGUAUUAGAACAAAUUUAUCAUAAUUAGGCCUCAUUUGGAAUUAGGUUUUUUCUAGCUUUUUUAAUCUGCUGCUUAACUAGAUUUUAGUUUUAGCUUUUGGUUAAAAAAAAAAAAAAGUCAAAAACCCACUUUAAAAGCCCCCUUAAAAGUUAAAAAAAAUGAAUGUUAAUUGAAAAAGGAUAAUAAGACAAAAAAAACUCCCUUAAAACCCUUUUUUAAGCCAAACCAAAUGAGGCCUUAAUGGUUGUCUUACAAGCUAAGACCCAGAAGUGGCCUGUUUUAUUAUCUUUUAUUAAUACUUAAUUUUUUUUUUAUUACCUUUUCAAGAAUUAUGAAUAUAGUCCUUUGAAAUUUGCAGUAUGGUUCAUGUUCAGUAGUGUCAUUUCUUCAUGAUCCUGAUGAAUGAUAUAACUUCACAACAUGUCAUGCAAUAAUUUCUCUUUCUUUCUAAACCACUUACCAUGGUUUCUAUAUAGAGUUCUUCAUCUUUUCCUAACUCUUUAGUUUCAAUGUAAAUAUUGUAGUGAAGCUGUUGUUUGGUGAUUUAAUUUUACUUCAUUAUCUUUGGAUGAAAUAUUCAAAUAUAUGAUAUAAUAAAGAUAUAAAUUUAUAUGUUUUUGUGUGUGUCACUCAGGUGUUGUGUCUUUCAUUUUUCAAAAAUUUGUCUAUUGGUGUGUCCGUGUCAUGUCAUGUCAUGUCAUGUCAUGUGUUCAUGUCCGUGUCUGUAUUUGUGCAUGUCACUCAGGUGUCGUGUGCUUCUUGCUCUGUU